AUGAAGUUAUGGCACUACUACUUGCCACUUGUGGCUCUAUUGAAUAGUGUUGCGGUGUUAGGGGCCAAAACCCUUCAAACAAGCUCCCUUUUAACGUGUAUGGACUCGUCACAAUUUACAGCUUCAACAUUCAAUGUUGUGUUCUUCCCCAAUAAUAGAUCAUUGGUAUUUGACAUAGCAGCCAUAUCCAACAUUAAUCUGAAUAUCACGGCCAAUGUCCAAUUGAUAGCUUAUGGGAUCACCGCUAUUAACACCAAUGUCUCCUUAUGUUCCUUGAACUAUGAUUCCAUUUGUCCCUUAACCACUGGUCAUAUGGAUUUAAACUCCAAUUAUAUUGUACCUGAAAGUGUUGCCAAUAGAAUCCCUGGGAUUGCGUAUAACAUUCCAGAUUUGGACGCCAGAGUGAGAGUGGUGCUUUUCAAUUCCACGGAUUCUGCAGUUGCUUGUGUUGAAGCCGUGGUAUCCAAUGGUAAAACAGUUCAAACAAAAUAUGCUGCUUGGCCAAUUGCAGCCAUUGCUGGGUUAGGAGUGUUAACCUCAGGGUUUAUCUCUGUUGUAGGACAUUCUGCCACUGCGGCUCAUAUUGCUUCCAAUUCUAUGUCUCUUUUCAUUUAUUUCCAAAGUUUGGUGAUUACCGCUAUGUUGGGUGUUGCCGUAGUACCUCCUGUAGCUGCUGCUUGGGCCCAAAACUUUGUUUGGGCAAUGGGAGUUAUUAAAGUUAAUGUUUUACAAUCUAUUGCUAAUUGGUAUGUUCAAUCUACAGGUGGUACUGUUUCUGACGUUUUGAAGAGUAAAUAUGCUUCAAUUUCUGUUCAAAAGAAGGCUAAGAGAUCUUUAGAUAUCAUUGAAGAUUUUGGUAGAAUGUACCAUAAGGCUCAAAAAAGCAAUCAUUUAACUUUGUUUAAAAGAGCUUUCAGUCUUGAUAAACAAGACUAUGGUUAUUCUGAUUCUUUGGAUUCUUCAUUAUAUACUACUAAUGAGAAAUCAGAUUUAAGUUCCAAAAUUUUGGUCCUUAGAGGAAUACAAAGAGUUAGUUAUUUGGCUGAUAUUGAAAUCACUUCAUUAUUUUUCACGUCAAUUGCCUUUUUAUUCUUUUGUGCCUUUGUAUUGGUGGUUUGUUUGAUGUUCUUCAAGGCAAUCAUUGAAAUCUUAAUCAAAUCUAAAGUCAUGAAUGAAGGGAAAUUCAACGUUUAUAGACGUCAUUGGGGUGAUAUCAUUAAGGGUUCUUUAUAUAGAAUUCUUAUGAUUGCUUUCCCUCAAAUCACUUUAAUGUGUCUUUGGGAAUUAACUACAAGAGAUUCUGCUGGUACAACAGUUAUAGCUAUAUUUCUUUUGAUUAUUGCUGUGGCAUUACUUUUCCAAGCUGCUAUAAGAGUUGUGUUAUUAGGUAGAGAAUCUGUUCGGAAUUUUAAAAAUCCAGCUUAUCUCUUAUAUGGAGAUGGAAACUUUUUGAACAAAUUUGGUUUUAUCUACGUCCAAUAUAGAGCUGAUUGUUAUUAUUGGGUGGCAGUUUGGUUGAUUUAUGUGUUACUUAAAUCAUUAUUUGUUGCUGUUAUGCAAAGAAAAGGUCAAGUUCAAGCUCUUUUGGUGAUGGUAACUGAAAUCUUUUAUUGUGUUGCCGUUUGUUACAUUCGUCCAUUUAUGGAUAAAAGAACAAAUGUCUUUAACAUUUUUAUUUCAGUUAUUAAUACCAUUAAUGCUUUAUUUUUUACAUUUUUCUCCAAUGUUUUUAAACAACCUCAUGUUGUCUCUUCUGUUAUGGCAGUGAUAUUUUUCAUUUUGAAUGCAGCCUUUGCAUUGUUCUUAUUGAUUUUCACGGUGGUUACGUGCGUGAUGGCUUUGGUCUAUAAGAACCCAGAUGUUAGGUACCAACCAAUGAAAGAUGAUAGAGUAUCUUUUAUUCCAAGAUUUGGUAAUGAAACCAAGGCACAAGAAGCUCAAGAUUUAGAAUUGGUGGCUCUUGGAGCAACAGCAAUGAAAGGUCAUGAAAUGGGAGCCAAAAGAGAAUUCACAGAUGAUAAUGAUUCUUCAGCUUUCGACCCUUAUAACACAGAAAGACCAAGCAUUGAUAAUUUGGAACCAACUCAACCAUCCACAUUAAUUGGUAACCCGGGAAAUGCCUUAAAUGACUAUAGUGCUUAUUAUGGUGACCAGAGAGACACUCCAACCAGUGAAUCCACCAAUCCGUUUGGAUCUCAAAGUAGUUCAAGCGUUCAAGGGAACUCAGCUUUUAGAAGUGAGCCUUUACCCCAGGAGAAGAGAAAUGUUGGGUACUUAUGA